GAAUAAGAUCCCCAGCUUCUAUCUUAUGCAUCCAUUACGCAGAGUAGUAUCAUAUCAUAUCAGUUGUGGUUGCCAUUUAACCAAAACAGAUCUGGAUAUCCCAUAACGGUCUUCAUCCAUGAUCUCAUGAAUACUAGCCGCGGCAGUCCUGUGUUGUCAGACUGAGUUGGGAAUGUGAUUCAGAAUUCAGUUGACACUAUAUAUCUUGACCUUAAUAUACACCAGGCAACGUAGCAGGACGUGAACGAUUAGGACUGCAAGAAAUUAACACUGAUUCCAAACAGCACUCAUCAAAGCAGAUUCAUACUCCAACAUGUCUUUCUCACGUUCUGCCAGACCCAGUAACGAAGAUGUCAAGCUUCGACGACCCGUCCAGAACGAAGAGGACUUUGAAACGGUCUUCCAUGAAGUAGCUGGGGAUCUUCUACAAAAUGGUCCUGGGACUGCCAGGGUUGUUUCCAGACCCCCUGUACUAUCUGAAAGAACUCGCCGGGAUCUACGUCAGAUGAGGACUAAUUUCAGCCAGCAAUACGGACCUCAAAUUCUAAGCAUGGCCGAAGAGUGUCGAGCAGCAAUGAGAGCUGGUCAUCGACAAGUGCUGCAGUUCUUCUCUGAAGUUACACGAGAUUGUCUAGCCGAUGGAUAUUCCUGGAGUGCAGUGUUCUUCCUCAUAUUCUUGGUUCUAGCAAUCUUAGCGGCUGUGGGAUUCGGAAUGCUAGCAUCCGGUGUGGUUCCGAUUAUAUGGCGUGCAGUCCGUGGUUUUAUAACAGCACAAUAAAUCGUUAUUAUAGCAGUAUUGAGAAGUAUGGAAACUUAAAGGGAAAGUUUGCACCAACAAAGGUUCUUUUCAAUUUAAAAAAAAUGGAUGUUGUAUGAAAUCACAAAAGCUCAACAUUGAAAAUUUCCUCAAAAUUAGAACACAUGAGUGCAACAUAAUAUUAUGGAAUUGUAAAUGACCAUGCACAUACUGGAUUAAAAUAGGCAUUGUUUCUUUAUUAUGCAAGUUUUAUAUUUGGGCAAAAAAUACCAUUCUUCUAAAGGGGGAGAG